AUGCACACGGAGGUCACCCAAGAUGGGAAACCUGUCCAGCCGCUAACACAGACUUCCCAAAGCGACAAGGAUCUCCGUAACGAAGCAAGCAACAUAGAUACUGGUGGGAAUAUCACCAACUUGUCUCGCCACCGUUAUAGUCGAGAGCAACCAGUGUGCAAGUAUCCGGACCUACAGAUGGAGAGCACUGAAUUCAACCACCUUUUUGAAAAUAUAACAAACCUGUACUGCGGACAUGCCUCUAUCAACUACCUGACAUAUUUAGACGGAAGCUCGCGGACAGAAGAAUCUCCUUGGGAUACAAUUAAAGUAAACUUCAGCGCCAUUCCACCAAAACAUACACUACUCAGCUGCAAGUACCGUAGAAUUGAGAGGCAAAAUGAUAACAGAAACCUAUAUACCACUCUGAGCACAGAAAGAUUUGUGUCCAACAAAGAAGCUAUACAAUUUCCAUUCAAAGACGAGUUUGCUAAGGUCGCUUGUUUCUUACAUGAGAGUGUGUUUAAUGAAAAUAAUCAAUCAUUGGUCAAAGUUCUUAGAGUUCAUAACAACGUGUUUGCACAAGUAAUAAGGAAUGAUGGUUUAGUUCAGGACAAAAAGGUGGACAUAGAGAAGGAAGGCCGAAUGAAGAAGGCACUUGGACAGGGUAUGAACGUCCUUAUGGUCGGAGUGGACUCAACCUCACGAAUGAACUUCAUGCGAAAACUGCCCAAAACGUUCAAAUAUUUCACAGAGACUUUGGAGGGUCACGUCCUGAAAGGUUAUCACGUAAUUGGCGACGCCACGACGGCGCAGUUCCUCGGCAUGUUGACGGGGUUUCACGAGGAAGAGCUGCCCAACACGAAGACGGGAGUGAAAAAUUCAACAACCUGUGACGUCUUACCGUUAGUGUGGAAUGAGUUCAGAAGGAUGGGCUACACGACCAUGCACGCGGAGGAUUGGCCUCAGUACGGAACUUUCCAAUACCGUUUACGUGGCUUUAUAAAACAGCCAACCGAUUACUACAUGAGGACUUUCUGGGUAACACAAGAUAUUCUCCGGGAGUCUAAAGAACUCUACUGUUUCGGAGCGACUCCUAAGCAUCAGUACACUCUGAAAUACGCCCGAGAUUUUGUAGAAGCGUAUCACGACAUCCCCAAGUUUGCCAUCGCGUUUCACUCCGAACUCAGCCACGGAAGUCUAAACAUGGUGCAGGUUGCCGACGAAGACAUUCUGACACUCAUCAAAUCCUGGAGGGACAAGGGUUACCUCAACAGCACCGUGUUCAUACUUUUUGCCGACCAUGGAGCCCGAUUCAGCGGCAUGAGAGAGCUACUUCAAGGGCGACUGGAGGAAAGACUGCCGUUCUUUGGAAUCGCCGUUCCACCUUGGAUGAAGAAGACGCAUCCCGAGAUCGUUCGAAACCUCAAGAAAAACGAGGAACGUCUCACGACGGCGUUUGACUUCCACAAGACGCUGCAGCACGUCCUGGACUACCCAGGCGACCCGGCUAGUUUCCAGGGACACGGCAUCAGUCUUUUUCAGGAGAUCCCGCUCAACCGAACAUGCGAGGACGCCUCUAUAGCCGAUCACUGGUGCACCUGUCUGCAGUCCAUACCGGCGAACACCACGGAUCAAAUAGUUCGAGAAGCAGCGGACUUUGCAGUCUCCUAUAUGAAUAAAUUAACAGAAGACCACCGAAGCCUUUGUGUCGAGCUUUACCUAGAGAACAUAACUCACGCAGAAAUUGUCCAACCCAAUGAGAAAGUAUUACAGUUUGUUAAAAGUAACAGGAAGUAUCGAGAUGCUAUAUUUGGUGCUAAACUUAAUGUUACUUUCCUGGACCUUCUGAUUACGCUGAAAACCAGACCCAAUGGUGGAGCAUAUGAGGUGUCAGUAAAGAAAUGGCUGUCUGGUGAGAACCUUAAGACUGAGAUAACAGCAGAUAUCAGCCGCAUCAACGCGUACGGAGAUCACUCCAGGUGCAUCCAGGACAACUUUCCUCACCUGAAAAAGUAUUGCUUCUGCAGAGAGUUUCUUAACUCUGUGCCUACGGAGUAA